UUUCCUUUUCUAUUUCUUAAGAGUAAUAAUAAUACUCAUGUAAAUUACUGAUAAGAACAUUAACUGUUCUCUCAGCUAUGACAAAAACAUGUAGAGGCAUCUUCUAAUUCCUGAUAUUACUUUCUUUUUUUAACAAGAUUUGAACAAAUGAAAUCAAUGCAAUCAAUGUCAAAGGAUAGAAAGAAACUAUCAAAAUUGAGCAUAGUAAAGGGCGCAAGGAAGGAAGAGUGGACCCUGGACAGAAGUAGAACAGUGGGAGAAUCUCAAUUUCUUCCUUGCAUCCUCUCCUUGCCUCCUAAACCCAUUUGAGGAUAAUGUCAGAAGGCGGGACUUCUGGCUUUCUCAUCCAAUGGGUUUUGAGAAGGAGGGAAUACUGAGGACGCGACGAGAAUAUAAUUGAGAUUCACCCAGUGACCGCAUAUGAAGGGACAAAAGAAAGGAAGCGAGUAUUCGUUUCUUGAAGCGUCCAUUGUGCGCGGUCACAAGUCAUAUGACAGCACUAAGCAUUUCCUCUACACUUGUGCGAACGCCACAACACUGGUCGUUUUCUGUCGAAGUUGAGUGGUAAUAUCAAUUUCAAGAUGCUGGCACUCAUAAACCGGCUUUUGGACUGGUUCAAGUCCCUCUUUUGGAAAGAGGAGAUGGAGUUGACUCUGGUUGGACUUCAACACUCGGGGAAAACCACAUUUGUUAACGUUAUAGCUUCUGGGCAUUUUAGUGAAGACAUGAUCCCUACAGUUGGAUUCAACAUGAGGAAGAUCAAAAAAGGCAACGUUAACAUCAAGAUCUGGGAUAUAGGAGGGCAGCCGAGGUUCAGGAGCAUGUGGGAACGUUACUGUCGGGGAGUUAACGCAAUUGUAUACAUGGUGGAUGCAGCUGACCGUGAGAAGGUGGAGGCUUCCAGGAAUGAGCUGCACAAUUUGUUAGACAAGCCUCAGUUGCAAGGAAUUCCUAUUUUGGUUCUUGGCAACAAAAGAGAUAUCCCCAGUGCGCUAGACGAGAAGCAGCUCAUUGAAAACAUGAACUUGGCAGCUAUUCAAGACAGAGAGAUUUGCUGCUACUCUAUUUCCUGCAAAGAGAGAGACAACAUAGAUAUCACACUGCAGUGGCUCAUCCAACAAUCAAAAUCUGGGAGAAGCUGAAAGUACAGGAACUCUGUCCUCCCAGCGCCAUCUUCCAUGUUACCCUCAUGCCACACCCUGUUCACUCUCUGUUCACACAUGUACAGUGUUCCCACCAACUCCGAUGCUGCACUGUGCCCCCUGCCCGUUCCUCCCUGUUGUUCUAAUUUUAUCCAAUGAUUCUCCCCCACAAACCCCCAUACCUCUGCACUACUAAAAGAUGGUAGCCCCUGGUCAAUGCCAAAUACCACAUCCCAUGAGUCACAGAAUGGGCAUUACACCUCUGCCAUGAGGUGCUACUUCAGUCUCUUGAACAGAGAGAGGUUUAGUCUGUCAGCCUUUUUCAUUCUAUGGGCUGAACGACAGGCGUUUCCCACACCUGUAAGUCCUGUUUAUAACUCUAGUGUAGCGAUCCUACACCCUCAGGGUGGGUUGUUUAGCCACUGACUGGGGCCUCAUCAUUAUACAUGUUCUCCAGACAGUCCUGUGUGAAGCUAUAGGGAAAAUAAGACACACUACAUGACCAAAAGUAUGUGGACACCUGCUCGUUGAACAUCUCAUUCCAAAAUCAUGGGCAUUAAUAUGGAGUUGGUCCCUCCUAGGCCUGGCUCACAGUCGGCUGUCCUAUUAAUCAAAAAAGGUGUUUGAUGGGGUUGAGGUCAGGGCU